AUGUACAAAGAUAGAGUUUUAAAACAAGAAUGCUACAUUAAGUUAACAGAAAAACUAAAGGAAAUUGAUCCAUCAGCUGAUAUUAAUACUAAUAAAAAAAAACUUAACACUUUGAGAUCAAAUUAUCGUCGUGAGUUGAAGAAAGUGAUAGCUAAUAAAAAACAGGUGCAAUUACCGAUGAUAUAUUCUUGCCUUCAGUUUGGUAUAUUGAAGAAUUGGAAUUUUCACGGGACCAUGAGAUUCAAAUUAGUGGAACAUCGAUAA